AUGAGUAUUACAGUCAUUCUCGGCUCCCAGUGGGCAUUCUUGCGCUUGCAAUUUCUAGGCGACGAAGGAAAAGGAAAGAUUAGCGAUAUCCUCUGCGGCGAGGCUGAUUUGUGUUGUCGCGCUGCCGGGGGGGCAAACGCAGGCCACUCCGUCCAUGCCAAUGGAGUCUCCUACGACUUCCACUUGCUGCCGUCUGGUCUCAUCAGCCCGCGCUGCAUGAACCUGAUUGGCUCCGGUGUCGUCUUCAGCGUCCAUGCCUUCUUCUCCGAGCUGCAGGCGCUCGAGGACAAGGGCCUCAAGGACGUGCGGGAGCGCAUCCUCGUCAGCGACCGCGCCCAGGUCAACCUGGAGCUCCACGCCCGCGUCGACGGUCUGGAGGAGGCGGAGCUAGGAACCCGCAAGAUUGGCACGACCGGGCGAGGCAUCGGCCCCAGCUACGCCGAUAAAGCUAGCCGCAGCGGAAUCCGGGUCCACGAGAUUUUCAACCAGGCGAAAUUUGAAAAGAGGCUCCGCGAGUUGGCAAGUGGGUACAAGAAGCGCUUCGGCGACCUCCUCGAUUACAAUGUCGAGGACGAGAUCAAGAAAUUUCAGGAGUGGCGCGAGAUGCUAAGACCGUUUUGCAUCAAUGCCGUCACCUUUAUGGAGAAUGCCCAGGACGACGCUUCCAAGAAGAUCUUGGUCGAAGGUGCCAAUGCGCUCAUGCUGGACGUGGACUACGGCACCUACCCGUUCGUCACCAGCUCCAACACUGAUAUCGGCGGUGCCAUCAAAGGUCUGGCUCUGAGCCCGUUCAAGCUCAAGGAAAUCAUUGGCGUUGUCAAGGCGUACACGACGCGGGUGGGUGGCGGGCCCUUCAAGACGGAGGAUCUCGGCGAAGCCGGCAACAAGCUGCAGGAGAUUGGCCGCGAAUGGGGCGUGUCGACCGGCCGCCGCCGUCGCUGCGGCUGGCUCGACCUGGCAGUGCUCAAGUACUCGUGUGCCAUCAACAAGUACACGGCGCUGAACCUGACCAAGCUCGACAUCCUCGACACCUUUCCCGUCAUCCAGGUCGCCGUCGCGUACAAGGACCCUGAGACGGGCGACUUGAUUGACUACUUUCCCGCCGACCUCGACCAGCUCGAGGCGCUCGAGGUCGUCUACGAGGAGUUCAAGGGCUGGCAGACGCCCAUCACGUCCAUCAAGACGUAUGCGGAGCUGCCCGAGGAGGCCAAGGAGUACAUUGAGUACAUUGAAAAGUUCCUCAACGUCCCCAUCAAGUGGAUCGGUACCGGACCUAAACGCGACGACAUGAUUUACCGGUAA